AUGGCCAGCGAGGAUGAGGAUGCCUUGGAAAGUGAUGAUGGGCAGCGAGAUAGGUGGUGCCGCGUGGCUUGGGCAGGGUUAGCUAGGGUUUGGGGCGUUGCAGAGAUGUUGGCUGUGGAAUUUGGUGGCGUGAGGUGGCUAGGUGAGGGGAUGAGGUGCCGCACGAAGGAGGUGGUUGUGCCCGUGUGCGGGGUGGCUGGGAGAAGAUAA